AUGGACUCUACUACCGUUCUGUUGAUCCUUAUUUCGACCAUCUGUGUUUGGGCCAAAGACCACGAUGAUUUGUUGAAUACUUGUAUCGACGCCGACUCUCACAAAUACCUUCCAGGACCUGAAUCUGAUCUACAUGGAGAGUGUGUUCCCUACCACGAGAGGGCCUGCUGCACUCAAAAUACGACGACCAGUUUCCACGUGCAAGACGUAUGGGCGGGGUUCACGUGGAACCACUGCUCGGGUCACGUACUUUCUGACACGUGCAAGCAAUGGUUUCUAAAGGAUAAGUGCUUCUAUGAAUGUUCUCCAAAUGUUGGGCCUUGGAUCGUUGAGCAUUCAAUUCGUAUCCGGAACGAGCGGUUUAUGCACGUACCAUUCUGUGCGAGCCAGUGCAGCUCGUGGUGGGCCGCGUGCAGAAACGAUUUCACUUGCUUGGAUAACUGGUCCAAGGGAUUCAACUACUCUACAGGGGUGAACACAUGUCCGACCGGUAAGGUAUGUCGACCGUUUCACACAGUUUGGCCGACAGCCUCAGCAUUUUGCGAACAAGUUUGGGGCCAUUCGUUCAAGGUCGUUCCUGAUAACCAGCCCUGCUUCAAGCUAGACUUUACGGGAAGCAACCCUAACGAUGUGGUAGCAAGUUACUAUUUUCGGCAACACCAGGGUAGUAUAUUUGGAUAG